AUGCUCAUGCGUGAACUGGAUAUUCCUUACACAGCGGUGAGCACUCCCAGUGGUAUGCUCUGGGAGUGGCUAGUGAUGCCACAGGGGCUAAGUAAAGCCCCUGCAACGUUCAACAGAUGUGUUACGAACCUGUUGCGAUCGAUGCGCAAUUUCACACCGAGUUACUUCGACGAUGUCUUCGUCCAUAGCCGGGCUGUGGAUGAAAAGACGGACGUGGAGGUUCCUAGAAUCCCCGUCCGGAAGGUUCUUACACCAAUGCGAGAGCAAAAGUUGUUCGCGAACCUCAAGAAGUGUAUAUUCGCAGCGAACAAAAUGCUACUUCUUGGCUGUAUCGUGAGUAAAAACGGUGUACGCCCUGAUCCGGAAAAGAUCCAGGCGAUUUGCGACUGGCCUGUGCCAGUCGACGUCAAGGGGCUUCGAAAGUCCCUUGGCUUGGCAGCGUAUUUGCACAAUACUCGCGCAACUAUGUCGAGAUGA